AUGUGGUUGCUGUAUGUGGCAUUUGGGACACAGGAUCCAGUUAGCGGCAAGAGCUGCAGCAGCCGCCUCCAACAUUUAAGAAAGCAACCUCCGCAUCCACCUCUACAGGUCCUCCAUGCGGCUGAGAUUUACAGUGUCCACAACAUUGAUGAAUGCAAGAUUUCCCCUGACCUUUGUGGAAGUUGUACUUGUGUCAAUACUCCAGGCAGUUUUAAAUGUGAGUGUUUUGAAGACUAUGAAAGCGGGUUCAUGAUGAUGAAGAACUGUAUGGACAUUAUUGAAUGUGAACAUAACUCUCUACUUUGUAGAGGUGGAAAUGAUGUGAAUCCAGAAGGGAACUUUGAAUGUGACUGCUCACUUGGACAUGAACUAUCAUCACAUCAGAAUUGUGUGGAUGUAAAUGAAUGUUUUCUAAGUGAUAAUCUAUGUAGAAAUGGAAAGUGUAUGAAUAUGAUUGCAUCAUACCAGUGUGCUUGUAAUCCUGGAUAUCAAACAACUCCAGACAGACAAGACUGUAUGGGUACUGAUGAGUGUAGGAUAAUAAAUGGAGGUUGUGACACCCAAUGUUCUAAUUCAGAAGGCAACUAUGAAUGCAUUUGCAAUGAAGUUUAUACCCUGAUGCCAGAUAUGAGAACCUGUUUAGAUAUUGAAGAAUGUGAAAACAAUCCUGGAAUCUGUGAUAGUGGCCAUUGUACUAACAUUCCCAGUGAGUGUCUCUGCUAUGAUGAUUUCAUGACUUCCAUGGAUAUGAAAACUUGUAUUGAUUUGGAUGAAUGCCACUUAAAUUCUAACAUCUGUAUGUUUGAAGAAUGUGAGAACACAAAAGGAUCCUUCAUUUGUUGCUGUCAGUUGUGCUGUUCAGGAAAGAGAGAAAGCAUUGAAUAUACAGAUAUAGAUGAAUGUAACAUUGAUGUUCACAACUGUAAUUUACAUGCUUCAUGCUUAAAUAUCCAAGGAAGCUUCAAAUGUAGCUGUAGGGAAGGUUAUAGUAUCGGCUGUGUUAAGCUGGAUGAAAGUUCUGCUGAAACCCAUCAGUGUAGUAUAAAUGCCCAAUGUGUGAACACACCAGAUUUAAACCACUGUGCUUGUUUUGAAGGAGUCACUGGAGAUGACUUUACUUGUUUAGAUGUUGAUUGUGCAGAAAACUUUAAUCUUUGUGAGAAUGGACAGUGCUUGAAUAUCCCGUCUACAUUCACUCCAGGUUCGAGUAGCAAAUUCUGCCCAGAUAUUGAUGAAUGCUCAUUCCAGAAUAUCCGUGUCUUUGGAACAUGUAAAAACCUUCCAACAAUGUUUCAUAGCAUCUGUGAUGAUGUCUACGAACUGGAUAGAACAGGAGAUAACUGUACAGAUGUUGAUGAGUGUGUCAAUUCCAUCAAUUGUGUUAAUGGUUUCUGUGUCAAUAUCCCUGGUCGAUUUGAAUGUAACUGUCCACCAGACUUCCAGCUAAACCCAACUGGUACAGAUUGUGUGGAUAAUCAAGUUGGUAAUUGUUACUUGAAAUUUGGUCCCCCCUGCAACACUGAGAUUGGUGUUGGAGUUAGUCAUUCCUCAUGUUCCUGCUCUCUGGGAAAGACUUGGGGAAAUUCCUGUGAGAGUUGUCCACCUAUGAACAGCAAUGAAUAUUAUAAUUUCUGUCCAGGAGUUGAGAGCUUCAGACCUAAUCCUGUCACUAUUGUCUUUGAAGAUAUUGAUGAAUGCCAAGAAUUACCAGGUCUCUGCCAGGGUGGAAACUGUAUUAACACUUUUGGAAGCUUCCAAUGCGUAUGUCCACAUGGCUACUACCUCAGUGAGGAAACUCAUAUAUGUGAAGAUUUUGAUGAAAGUUUUGUGCAUCCUGGUGUCUGUCGACCUGACACCUGCUAUAAUACGUUGGGAAAUUACACCUGCAUUUGUCCUCCUGAAUAUAUGCAAAUUAAUGGUGGACAUAACUGUAUGGACAUGAGAAAAAGCUUUUGCUACCAGAACAAAACCACCUGUGAAAAUGAGCUACCCUUUAAUGUGGCCAAGAGGAUGUGCUGCUGCACAUAUAAUUUUGGCAAAGCUUGGAAUAAACCUUGUGAACCAUGCCCUACUUCAGGAGCAGUUGAAUUUAAAGCCAUAUGUGGAAAUCUUCCUGGAUUUACUUUUGACAUUCAUACAGGCAAAGCUAUAGACAUUGAUGAAUGCAAGGAAAUUCCAGGUUUUUUUGCAAAUAGUGUUUGUGCUAACCAGAUUGGCAAUUUUCACUGUGAAUGUCCUACAGGAUUUAAUUACAAUGAUCUUCUCUUAGUCUGUGAAGAUCGCAAUGAAUGUUUGGAAAUGCCUAAUGUUUGUAGCCAUGGCUUAUGUGUGGAUUUGCAAGGAAGUUAUCAAUGUGUCUGUCACAGUGGUUUUAAAACAUCACAAGACCAGACCAUGUGCAUGGGUGUUGAUGAAUGUGAGGACCACCUAUGUGGAAAUGGAAUAUGCAAAAACACAGUUGGAUCCCAUAACUGUCUCUGCUACCCAGGGUUUGAACUUACUCAUAAUAAUGAUAAUCUGGAUAUAGAUGAGUGCAGUUCACUUUUUGGACAGAUGUGUAGAAAUGGACAAUACUUUAAUGAAAUCAGUUCUUUCAAGUGUUUGUGUAAUGAAGGAUAUGAACUUACUCCUGAUGGCAAAAAUUGUGUUGAUACUAAUGGAUAUGUAACCUUUCUGGGCUCUUGUUCUCCUGGUGCCUGUCAGAACCCGGAAGGAUCAUUUCGAUGCAUCUGUCCUCCAGAUUAUGAAGUAAAAAGUGAAAAUUCCAUUGAUAUAAGUGAAUGCAAUGAAGAUCCCAACAUCAGCCUUUUUGGCUCUUAUACAAAUUCUCUAGGGGGUUUCCAAUGUGUCUGCCCCACAGGUUUUAUAUUGUUUGACAAUGGACAGAGAUGCUUUGAUACCUGCCAGAGCUUUUGCUUCAAAAAUUUCGAGAAUGGAAUGUGCACAGUAGCAAAAGCUUUCAAUACCACAAAGGCAAAAUGUUGUUGCAGUAAGAUACCAGGAGAGGGCUGGGGUAAUCCUUGUGAAAUGUAUCCUAAAGAUGAUGAAGUUGCUUUCCAGGAUUUAUGUCCAUUUGGCCAUGGAACUUCCUCUAGCCUUCAUGAUUCACAGGAAGAUGUCAUUGAAUGUCUUGAAAGCCCAGACACUUAUUUAAAUGGUCAGUGUAUCAACACAGACGGAUCAUUGGGCUGCGAAAGCCCCAUGGGUUACAACCUGGAUUAUGCUACAGUACAUUGUUUGGAUAAAAAUGAAUGUACAAUUGGGAAUUCAUGUAGAAAUGGGGCAUAUGUUAAUGUUAUUGGAAGUUUUGAAUGCAAUUGCAAUGAUGAAUUUGAGCCAGGUUCCAUGAUAAAUUGUGGAGAAAUCAACGAAUGUGUCCCAAAUCCACUUUUAUGUGCUUUUCGCUGCAUAAACACCUUUGGUUACUAUGAAUGCACUUGUCCUGCUGGCUAUGAUCAAAAGAUGAGUAAAGAUCUAAAUGAAUAUGUUGAAGGUUUACAUGACUGUGAAUCUAAAGGUAUAAUGUGUAAGAAUAUGACUGGUACUUUCAUGUGUCUCUGUCCCACUCUACUGAUCCAAAGACCUGAUGGGGAAGGUUAUAUAGAUGAAAAUGAAUUCUGGACAAAGUCAGGAAACUGUGAAAAUGGUCAUUGUAUUAACAUUGUUGGGAGCUACAGGUGUGAAUGUAAUGAAGAAUUCCAGUCAAGUUCAUCAGGCAUUGAUUGUCUUGAAAACAGAAGAGGAUUCUGCUUUGCUGAAGUUCUACACUCCAUGCGUCACAUGGCCUCCAAUUAUCAAAGCAUUGUCACAAAGUCAGAGUGUUGCUGUGAUGAAGGAUGGGACUGGAGUGGCCAAUGUGAACUUUGCCCACUUCCUGUAACUACCCAGUACAAAAGAAUUUGUCCUCAUGGCCUAGGAUAUGCCACAGAUGAAAGAGAUGGAGAUGAAUAUAAAGUCAUGCGAAACUUGAAUAAUAAUGGUCAGUGUAUUAAUACUGUGGGUUCAUUCAGAUGCUUCUGCAAUGUAGUCUAUACAGCUGACACAAGUGGAACAACCUGUGUAGAUCUUGAUGAGUAUUCCCCUUCUCUUAAACCUUGCAAUUUUGUCUGUAAAAACAUUGAUGGUAGUUAUCAGUAUUCUUGUCCUCAAGGAUAUAUCCUGCAAGAAGAUGGAAAGACUUACAGAGUUAUAGAUGAAUGCGAUGCAAACCAUAAGUGCCAGCAUGGCUACCAAAACACCCUUGGAGCUUACAGGUGUGGUUGUCCACAAGAUUAUUGUCAACAUUAUCAGUGGAAUCAGUGUGUUGAUGAGAAUGAGUGCACCAAUCCAAAUGCUUGUGGCUCUGCCUCCUUCUACAAUACUUUUGGAAGUGACAAGUGUACUUGUCCAUGCGGAUUCUCUUUUGACCAAUUUUCCAGUGAAUAUUGUGAUAUGAAUGAAUAUUCAUCAACAAACAACUCAUGCAAUUAUGGUUGUUCCAACACGGAAGGUGGUUAUCUUUGUGGCUGCACACCUGGGCAUUACAGAGUCAGACAAGGCCAUUGUGUCUCUGGAAUGGGAUUUAACAAAGGCCAAUAUCUAGAAGUGGAUACAGAGGCAGAUGAAGAAAAUAGUUUGUCUCCUGAAGGAAGCAAAAUAAAUGGCUACUCCAAGAAAGAAAGCAGACAAAAUGGAAAUAUUAACAAAGUUGAACCAACUGUGGUUGAAAAGAUGGAUAUAGAAAGUAUAGAUAUGGACACCCCAAUAAAAAUGAAAUUCAAUCUUUCCAGCCUUGGCAAUAAGUUACAUAUUCUAGAAGGUAUGCCUGCCAUUGAAUCACUCAACAAUCACAUUCAAUACAUUAUCUCCCAGGGGAAUGACAACAGCAUCUUCCGAAUUGACCAACAGGAUGAGUUAACCUACUUGCAUAUGGCCAAGAAAAAAUCUGUGCCUGGAACUUACACACUGGAAAUCACUAGCAUUCCUCUGUAUAAAAAGAAAGAAAUGAAGAAAUUGGAAGACAGUAAUGAGGACAACUACCUCCUAGGGGAGCCUGGUGAAGCUCUCAAAAUGAAGCUGCAUAUUCAGCUCUACUAAGGCCUUUAUAGACUUGAUUCAGUACUCAAAUCACUUUAUAAUCACUAAAUAGUUUACGUAUUUAAUCCUUGAGCAUAUCUACUCUCCACAAGCUAUAUAAGGUGUCAGUGACUUUUUUUUAAGAGGAAAAAAAUAGACCUUUAGUUUUUCUUCCCUCCCUUCCCACUUGCCCCUACCCCCAAAUGUACUUUAAACUCUGCUGUGGCCAAAGAUUUGGGUACAAAGGAACCGUGGUUACUGUGUUUUUAUAUAAUUUCACUCUAAAAUACAUUUAAAAAAACCAUCCUAAAUAUUCAAGACAUAGCAUAUGUCACUAAAUGCAUAAAAAUAAUGUGAGCUUUUUUUUUUCUUGUUUGCAGUCUGUAACAGGUUAGGUAUUUUGCUAUAGUUCCUAAUUUUAAAAAUAUAGAUAUUUAUUUUAGUGCAGUAAUAUAUGGAGAAAUUAACAGACUAAGCAAAAAAGGGAAACUCAUUUGUUUUUCUUUAAAUUUACAAAUUUGAACUAUUUAAUUUUAAAGGUGAUUUAAAAAAAAGAUCCAGUAGAUUCAAGAGAUGUUUCCUUUUCCCCCAGUCAUCCAGCCUGUCUUAAAGAGAACCUUGCAGAGCUGAAUGAAAAUUAUAAUUUUUAGAUAUGAAAAUUACAUAAGACUCUGUAAAGGAGCAUCUAAGUUAGAACAGCUCACUGUGUAUGUGUUCUAUAUCAUCAGACACAUUAAUGGAAGAUGAAGCACAACCCCUGUAGCAAAAUACCUUGACUACUUGUAAUACCAUUAGCAUUGCAGACCAAAUUGUACUGUUUCCUUCUUAUAACCUCAAGGAACUACAUAUGCUACCCACAACACCUCAUUCUUUAAAAGGGUGCUCUACAUAUUUGUGUUACUUUAGGCAGCUGAAAUGUCGUUCCUUUGAAAGGAACUCCUGAAGUUUCCCAGGGUUUGGUGCUGGCUUAGAUUAAUGGUGCAUUUACUAUGAUCAAGCUAUUUCAGGAUUGCCAUAUGUGCAAACUAAUCAUGCAGUGCAGCCAAGGAAAUGCGUGUGUUUUUUUUUUUUUGAAUUUUUUUUAGAAUAUUCAUUAUAGUUAUAUGCCGUAUGCUUCAUUUUGUCAUAGUCUAUUGUGUAUGAAAGUGUUUGUACAAUUACUUGAUGUUUAGUUUGCUUUAGUAUUUUUUAAAAGCUAUGUUAUUAUGUGCUCAUAAGGCUUACGUCCCAACAAUGCUUUUUUGACAGUUAUCUAUAAGGAUACAAACACAUAACCAAACUUCAGCCAAAAGCACAUAUAUACUCGAGGUUUGUUUCUAUCUUGUACCUAUGCUGACAAAAUUAGUAACCAGUUAUAUCCAGUGUUUUAAUAUUGUGUUUUGUUUUGUGGGGAAAGAAAUAUUAUAAAUUUGUAAUCAAGUGUUUGUGAGGAAAGAUUUUUGGUUUUUGCUUUUGUUUGUUUUUAUAGAUCUGUAUCAAAUAUGAAAACACUUUUCUUGCAUUAAAAGCUUAUUUUGGGGUAGAUUUUCUGGAAUUACCUGUAUUUUAAGAGCAUGGAAUUCUUGUUCUACAGAGAUAUUCUCACAAGGGA